AGGUUAUUUUGUUCAGUGGCAAAAAAACCCAAUUCCACUCGUUCUAUCUCUGGCAACUAUGGUUUCGAGCUCUCUGUUACUUGUCUCUUCCACAUCUUCAUUUCCUUCAAGUUCAAGCCCUGAUUCUCCCGUGUCUACUUCUCUUCGGCCUAUCUCAUUUAAGCUCUGCAAACCCAAUCCUAGAUUCUCAAAAGCUCUCAAAUACCCGUCGUUGAAGGUUUUGCGUUGUUCCUCGAACGGGUCCGCUGAAGAUGGGUCGGCGGAGCAGUUCUUUGACAACAAUUCGAUAGCGGAUUUCAUGAGAUUCAAGAGAGGGAGUCACAGGGGCAGCGGCCAGUUGCAGACUGCUGUUGUCAGUUUUCGUAAGAAGUUUCCUUGGUUUAUUCUUUACCCUUUUCUUCAGGUUGAUUUGGUCUCAACGAUUCAUAUCGCGGAUAAAGAGUAUUUUGAAAUCCUCCAGAAGGAACUUGUACCAUAUGAUUGUGUCCUGUAUGAGAUGGUGGCCAGCAGGGAGAGUUUGGAAAAUAGAAGGAACCCUACAGCUGCAAAAAGGCUUAAAAGUUCACGUUCACGAGGUUUCAACAUUCUGGGAUGCAUUCAGCGGCAGAUGGCUCUAAUACUUAUGCUUGAUUACCAAUUAGAUUGUCUUGAUUACCAGGCUGAUAAUUGGUACCAUGCAGAUCUUGACUAUGAGACCUUCAAGUUACUUCAGCUUGAAAAGGGUGAAAGCUUCUUUACAUUUGCUAGGGAUAUGAUCCUUAAAUCUAAAAAAGCUUUAGUGCAGUCUGCUUCAAUCCCAGAGGACCUUGAUCCUUGGAGAUCUAAGCUUCUCUGGGCUUCACGUGUGCUACCUAUGCCACUUGUAGGUCUUCUCAUUAUUGGUGGUGUUUGUGCGGAUGUGGGAAGCCGGGCAUCUGAUUAUCCAGAGCUAGAAGCUUUAUCAAGGCUUGACUUUGGUGCUGCUAUGAAGGUUUUCCUGGCAAAGCUACUAACUUCUGAGUUCACACAAGUGACAGCUGAUGUGGAACAAAAAUCUGUUAUCAUCGGUGAAAGGAACAGAGCUGCUAUAGAAGCACUCAGAAGAGCGAUUGAUGAUGGUCAUAAUAAGAUAGCCAUACUGUAUGGGGGUGGUCACAUGCCAGACUUGGGGAGGCGCUUAAGAGAGGAAUUUGACCUGGUUCCUUCCCAUGUCCAGUGGAUAACAGCUUGGUCCAUUAAAAAACGAGAUUUCCAGGGCAGUUCCCUUCCAUUUUUGAAGACAAUGGCUGAAGUUUCUGGCUGGCCAUUGAAUCGGUAUCAGACAUUGGCAUUGCUUAUAUUUUCUUCAGUCCUUGCAUUGGAUCUCUGGUUUUGGGAAAUCUUUUGUGGCACUGCAGUUAACUGGAUCUCAGAAAUAGCUUCUGAAGUUGUUCAAUAUGUAGAUAAUGCGAAGGUGAUGUGAGCCUUGGACGAAUAAAUUGUUUCUAUCAACAUUCAACACGGAUGUCUGUCAGUGCCUGUGUAAAUAUGAACACUUAUUUUACUGAUAUAGCUGAUUUUAGGAUAAAAAAUGUAAAAAUAGCAACUUGUCCUACUUAAUGAAUUUAUUGAAUUCAUUCGUAGUGGAAAAAUAAACUAAUUGAUUAAUAGGUGCCCUCCACUUGAGAGCAUCUCCU